ACCAAUAGCCUACCGUGUGUAACCCUACCGAGCCUAAAUGAUGAAACAACCCUCCCCCGGUUGGCCUGAAAAAGACAGCGUUUGACGAAAUUGGCCCAUGGCCGACAAGUCCGAAGCUAUGAGGCCAGGAACGGAAGGAAAUUUUAUGGGAAUUAUAUUUGGGGAAGUGCGGGACGACAACUUGAGCGCCAUCAUGGACGAGUUGCUGGUAUUCCUGGUCAAGGUGCUGGAUGAUUUGCCGCUGGAAAUCCUGUCGUGCUGCAACGAAAGGCCAAGAACAAGGACGCUUACUCGCUCCUUGGAGCCGCACCUCUUGUGGUCCACGUGUAUAGAGUUAGACGAGGGGAGCUACUAUUUGCCCUCGAGGGGCGUGUUUCUAACAGUCGACAUCACCGAUCUGUCCACGUGGGACCCGCUCGUUAGACGCAUCCUUGAAGGACAGACACGCGAGGAGGUACAAGAGGAGGAAGAAGAGUCCGAAGGGUCGGCAGAGGACGAGGAGCGGAACGACGAUCCUGACCACCAAGAGUCUGACGACGAGGUGUUGGGGGAGGUUGGAUCGAAGGAAGACAACGAGGAACAGGGGGAUGAGUCGGAGGAGGAAGACACGUCGACUGAUUCAAGUGAAGCAGCCGAGCUGAUGAGGGAGGAGCAGGACGCUGAGGACCAGAAGCAGCGGGAAAAGGCGAAAGGCAAACAUCCGGUCGAGGACUCAGGACCGCCACCGCAGCUGCUGCAGGGAAAUCCUGCACUCAAUCCGGAGCCUCCACGGGAAAAAGAUGAGAGAGAUGGAGCCGUUGCAGCCGGGCCCUCAACAAGCCGCCGCCGCUGAAGAAGUGGAUCCCCCUCCCAAUCCUCCUCACCCUCCCGUGCCACCCUUCGCCUACGUCGAGAUGCGAGCACUCGGGC